GCGGUUGCUUUGUUUUCUAAAACAUGGCGACCCUCGUUUGAGAGUGGUUGGCUAUCAUUAGUCUGUCAAUAGCGAAGCUGAAGGCUAGUUUCCGCUUUUUGUCUCCAAUGAGAUUCUUAUUCCUCUUCCUUAAAAAUCAUAUGAAUUGUAUUGUUAGUGUUGAAGUACUAAAAGAGCAAAAUGGCGAACACUAAUACGGAGGAUGGGGGAGAGAUGAGUCAAAUUCUCUUCACUAAUUUACAGUUACUGGGAAUGGAUGUCAUUGAUAUGGAGGAUAAGUACAAGAUCCAGUUUAAUAAAGACAUGUUCAACCUCCCUAACAAAGCUGGAUCAGAGGCUGUUCUUUACUUUUUAUUCAAUCGCCUCAAUCCGUCAUUAUGCAAAGAACAGUUCAGGGACUGCUGGCCUGUGUUUGACCGGAAAACUGAGUUUCAGUUUCGUAAAGUCUGUAACAGUUGGCUUGUAUGCAUUCAGAAGGAUGAGCCAAAUGCUCGCCUGCCAAGUAUCAAUGCUGCUUUGUUAUUGUCUCCCGGGGGACGCAAGUUCAUAAAGUUACUGCAUAGUUUCUCGACAUACGUUCUUGUGCAGGUCAUGAAAAAUGAACAUGGUCAUACCAGUGAACUGAUGUUCCAGGGUCCCAUCCAAAAUGACCCACAACUGUCCAACACUACAGCCAAGACUUUACACAAUGCCAGUGCUCUGGAUAGAGAAAAUCUAUUUGAUCAUUUGCACUGUGUGAUUGCUGCCAACAGGAAGUGGAGGGAGUAUUGCCAAGAACUGACUAAAGAAUACAGGGGCUUGGUGAAAAAAGGAAGAGAGAGUCAGACUGAGAAGUUGCAGUGUGUGAACACCCUGGCUGAGACAGCUAUGAAAGCUGGAUGUUCUCUUCCUGCUCGACGCUCUUUGUCAAUGUUUGAUGGCGAUACAGAUGUCUAUGCUGCGAAAAGGCGGCAAAAAAUGCAGAAGAGCCCCUGCCUAAUGUGACUGAACAGGCUCCGCAACUGAGACAUCAACUGAAAGAGCACCAUGCGCUGCAGAGUAGCACUAAGAACAUAAGUAAUAACAUGUCAAAAGAAGUAAUUCCUGAGUUGACCAAGUUGGUUCAGCGUUUGCAAAAAUUGCUUCAGAAUCAACCAGCCCGUAGAAGCGCAAGAGAUGAACAUCAGUAUACCCCUCUGAACUUGGGUCUGACGUCCAAUACACCGGAUGGUGCGGUGCCUAUGAACUUCCCUUCUGGCGCUGACAGCACGCCCCGUGGAACUGCGGUGAGAGAGGGCCUGGAAGGGGCCAUGCCGACGAGAUUAUCACACUUGUUGGACAGUGCCUCAGAGAGUCCUGAUGGCCCAUCACGUCUUGCCAGUCAGUUGGAGGCUCAGGUCCAGCAGGCCAGGAAAGUGACAAGGCCACAGAAGUCUGUGGAUUUUGGUGGACUGGUGCCUAGAAAGUCUUCAUCUGGUUCUCAUGCUUCGAGCAAAAAGAACAAAGUGAAGCAGGCUCGAGGCGUGCCAGGUAAACUCCAGGCAGGCCACCCUGGAGCUGGCACAGUGAGACCCACCAGCCACAACACGCCCGGGUCAGUGCUGAGGGAAACAUUGGAGACUCGGGGGAAAGACAGCCACAGGAAAGCCGAGUCUGCUUCCUCUUCUCAAGCUGGGAUUGUAAAGAAAAGCAAGAUGAAUGCCCAGUCUGCUGAAUCCAAGCCAAAAAGUUCCACUGCCAGCGAAAAAGCAAUGAAUGCCCUAGCAGAUUCUAUUGUGGCUGAUGUCUUAGGCUUGGAUGAGGGAGAUGCAAGUCCAGACCGUUUGGGAGACCUGCUGAGCCCUCUCCUGUCUCACAAGGAAGAGGAAUCGUUCUCUCCUGGACAGUUAGAUGGUGCUGCCUUUGUUUCUCGUGAUCUUCUAACACGCAGUCCUCUCCGUGUCACCCCCCAUAGCUCAGCUUCCACAUCGGGAGGUCCACCGAGAGGAAUGACCCUAGUCACCAACCAGUCUCGGCAGAGUGACAGUCCAGCGGUGAAGACACCAAGGGCAGUCCACAGUGCUGGUCUUAGUAGUGAAGACAGCACUCCCCACAACGCUGGGCUCUGGGGUGCAGGAUCUGGCACAGUUGCUGCUGCGGCGUCCUCCGACAGGGGGACAUUUGAACAAAGUCUUGAAAAUGUUAUUUCCCCCGUUAGUGAUGCAGAACAUUCAGAGGAUAAUGAAUCUGUUCAUGAUCAGCUGGACAAUUCUGAAGGAGAUGGAAAUACGGAUGAUAUUCUCUCAACGAAAUUUCCGCUACUGAAUCAAAGUAGAGAGUCUUUUGUCCAAUCAGCGCCUUUGACUUUUGCUCUAGAUGGGCAUGGUAGGAAUGAAGCUAUUGGCACAGCUGUCAGUCCAGCCCAGUUUCCUGACAGUAUGCUGCCCUCAGCUGGGGACAGAGGCUCUCCAGUAAGCUCCAGCAGUCCCACGCCUGCAGAUUCCCCGCUUCACCAGCUGUCACCGUCUCUUGCAGAAGUCUGGGGUGAGGGUCCAGCUCAACGUAGCUCCCUGACUCCGAGCAGAAUCCCAGCUCGCCCUCCUGGUGAUGGGGAAGCCAGUGCUGAAGAAACGUCUCCGGCCCCCGUGUUCUCAUCCAAUGCCAUCACUGUCCCUACUGCUUCCUCACCAACUGCUAGCUCUACAAACAAUCGAAGGUUUGAUACGUUCGUAAGUGAUAAAGAAGAGGAGAGUGACAGUGAUAUUCUUGACCUUGGUGAUUUUUCCUUCACAAGUUAUGGGAGCCUUUCAGGAAGCCUGCUACAAACCAGUGCCCUUCCCAAUACAAGCUUAAGAAGUUCAAAUUUUGUGACAUUUGAUAACGGUGCUAGUCGGCAGUCCACAAAUGCAGCCACACCAGUGAGAGAUAAGACACAAAAUGCAGUGAAUAAAAUUGUAAGUGAAAGUCUGGAGCAGGUGAGGAUGAGCUUUGGUGAGAGUGAGGACUCUUUGGAAACAGCACAGCCGCCCGUCAUGGUUGAUCUGGAGGAUGAGGAUGUUGAUUUUGCCCCCAAUCACAGCGACUCUUUCUCUCCUGUCAAACAGGGCAUCCAGCUGCAAGGAAGAUCUCCAUGGAGAAAGCAGAAUGGAAAUGACAGGGGAUUUGAACCUGGCGUAAAAUCUGCUGCCACAUCUGGACCAGGAUCAGCUAAGAAAUCUGAGUUGGGCGAUCUGUCUUCCAGCCCUUUGAUGUAUUCUGUCCCUGGUGUGCCGAGUCCUUCCUCUCAGUCCAACGUCACCGCUGCCAAUCUGGAGGCCAAACUGGCACAGCUACGUUCUCAAGUCUCCUCUAUCUUUCACGAUUUUAAUGUAGAUAGUGACUCCGAUUGAAAUGUUUAGAUUUCUGUCCGUCACUGCAAUGGCAGCCAGGCUAAAUGUGAUUUCUUUUUCUUUUUCUCCUCCUUUUCUGUUGACUCAAAGAGGCAUUUUUGUAGACUGGAUGCACACAAGUGGUGUCAGCACUGAUAGGUCACCUCCCAGGAAUAAUUUUCUAUUGGAGAGUCUUAAAACUGUUUAAUGGAGUUGGAGUUGGCCCAUUUGUGCCUAACACCAUUGCUACUGUGGAAAUCGGAUUCAACGAAAGGAGAUGGAUACCCUGUUUUUUUUUAUUCAUUAAAAUCAAUAAAAAUAACUUGAUUUCAAUGAACAGAUAAAUGAGCAAGCUCGGAUUCAAAGAAAUCACUUUCUUGGUGAACAGCCCCUACUGAUGUGGUUUCACUCAUUUAUCUCCCGCAAUGAUCUUUAUCUUUUUCUGGAAGCUGUCCAUGGCAUCUGCAUCGGGAACCAUUAUUCGCUUAGCCUAUUGUUUAUAUCUUAUGAGACCAAUCAGCGGCCUUCUUUUAUACCAACACACUCGUUGAUGGCACGCACACAUGUCUUUGCAUUUGUUGGGGUCUGACUGGCGGCCAGCGCACGUAUGAUGUGUGACUGUGUGUGUGUGUGCGCGUAUGUCUGGGUGGAGGGUUUACAAACGGUCCUGGCGUCGACUGUCAGUAGUCAGUAGUACAGAUACAAACAUGUCACAGUACUCAGUCAUUUCUCUCCCGGCUACUGGUCAGUAUUACAAUGAUAAGCUAGUCUUGAUAAUGGAUCUACGUAAUCUGGUCUGUGGAAUCAAACGUUGCCGUAUGCUAGGCUAUACACAGCAACACAACUUGUUCGGCAAACAAUAUGUCAUAGAUGAUAGGUGACACAGGCGUGCAUUUGAACUAAUCUGACUUUUUAGUUUUAGCGCAGCGUGCGCUUGGUAGAGUUCGGUGUACACUGGGUGUCGCAUUCAAUGAGGUUGCCGGGACCGGCUUGUUGUCCUCGUUGGAUCCGAUCUCUCGUUGAACGUGA